ACUGUGAAGCCUGGAAGGGCCGCGGGCCUCGCCAGCACGGCCCGUUUUCUCCUCAGCACAUCCUCGCGGGGCUCUCGCUGCCCGUAGGCCACGACCCCAGUAGCCCCAGGAGGAUCGCAAUUGUUUUCUCACCCGGAUGUGCCCCUCAAGACAGUGCAUUCCUCACUCUUAGCUGGUGAAGAAUGGGGGAGCUGGAAGGAACCUACCGCGUCCUGCAGACCCCAGGGACACGCCUAGGCGCCCCGACCCCCGCGGGCGUCAGCACCCUCGAGCCUGGGCAGGGCCCCUCGGCAGCAGCGGCGUGGCCGGCGGCCAGGACGCCCGUCCGAGUGCAGCUGCUGGACAACUCCGUCGAGGUGUUUGACGUUGAGCCUAAAUGCGAUGGCCAGGUGUUACUGACCCAGGUGUGGAAGCGCUUGAAUCUGAUAGAAUGUGACUACUUCGGCUUGGAGUUUCAAAGCGUCCAGUCCUGCUGGAUCUGGCUUGAACCUAUGAAACCCAUCGUUAGACAAGUACGACGGCCAAAGAAUACAGUGCUUCGCCUAGCAGUGAAAUUUUUCCCACCUGAUCCGGGUCAGUUGCAAGAAGAAUAUACACGAUACUUGUUUGCCCUGCAACUUAAGAGAGACCUUCUGGAGGAGCGUCUGACCUGCACGGACACCACGGCUGCCCUCCUGGCGUCCCACCUCCUGCAGGCGGAAAUAGGAGAUUACGAAGAGGCGCUGGACCGGGAGCACCUGCGGGCCCACGAGUACCUGCCGGGCCAGGAGCGGGCCCUGGAGCGGAUCCUGGAGCUCCACCGGGAGCACGUGGGCCAGACGCCUGCCGAGUCGGAUUUCCAGGUGCUGGAAAUUGCCCGGAAGCUGGAAAUGUACGGCAUCAGGUUUCACACGGCUUCUGACAGGGAGGGGGCCAAGAUCAACCUGGCCGUUUCCCACAUGGGCGUCCUCGUCUUCCAGGUUACAAAUGUGUUCCUCAACGAACGCCUGUCUCCUGAAUUUCAGAGCAGCACCAAGAUCAACACUUUCAACUGGUCCAGGCUCCGAAAGCUCAGCUUCAAGAGGAAAAGGUUUCUUAUCAAACUCCACCCAGAGGUCCAUGGGCCUUACCAGGACACCCUGGAAUUCGUGCUGGGGAGUAGGGACGCGUGUAAGAACUUCUGGAAGACGUGUGUAGAGUAUCACACCUUUUUCAGACUUUCCGAUCAGCCGAAGCCCAGAGCUAGAGCCGUCCUCUUCAGCAGGGGCUCCUCCUUCAGAUACAGUGGAAGAACUCAGAAGCAACUAGUGGAUUAUGUCAAAGAUGGUGGGAUGAAGAGGAUUCCGUAUGAAAGAAAGCACAGCAAGACCCGGAUGUCUCUCCGCGCCCUAAAUGCCAACCUGCCGAGGCAGAGCACCUUGUUCACCGAGGGCACGAGGACUGCCGCGUCCCCGUCUUCCACAAGUGCCUCCUCCUGCUCGGGCCCCGCCUCCGCUCCAGCCCCCGUGGGCCCGCUCGAUUCCAAGGACAGCAGCGGCUCCCCGACGGGGCCCCUGGCUCCCAGCGCCAGGUGGCCAGCUGCGGAGAGGAGCGGCGUGGCCGCGGCCCAGCCCCCCGGGCCGCCGGCAUUCCAGCCUUGCCAAGGCCUUUCCGUGGAGAGUCCUCAGCUUCCGUCCACCUGGAAGACCCCACCGAGCCUGAGCCCACUGGGCCCAGCCGAGCAGGGCUCCACUCCCCUGCUGAGCCCCGUCCUCAGCGACGCUGGCGGAGCCGGGAUGGACGACCAGGAGGAGCUGAGACACAAGAGAGCGCCCGCGGACGAGGCCUAUUUCAUAGCACAGGAGAUUCUUGCUACGGAGCGAACAUACCUGAAGGAUUUAGAAGUUAUUACCGUGUGGUUCCGGAGCGCUGCGGUCAAGGCGGACGCCAUGCCUGCGGACCUGAUGACCCUGCUCUUCUCCAACAUCGACCCCAUCUAUGAGUUCCACAGAGGCUUCCUGCGCGAGCUGGAGCAGAGGCUGGCGCUCUGGGAAGGGUCUUCCAGUGCCCAGGCCACAGGCGACCACCGACGAAUCGGGGACGUCCUGCUCAGCAACAUGCUUCAGUUAAAGACGCUCACCCGCCACUUCCAGAGGCUCCACGAGGUCCUGACGGAGCUGGAAGCGGCCAGCAGGCGCCUGCGGAGGCUGGAGGCGCUGCGCCGGGACUUCGAGCUGCAGAAGGUCUGCUACCUGCCGCUCAACGCCUUCCUGCUGAAGCCGCUGCAGCGCCUGCGCCACUACCGGCUGCUGCUGCGCCGCCUGUGCGCCCCCGACCGCCAGGACCCCGACCGCGGCGACCAGGACCGCGCCGACCGCCGCGAAGCCCUCAAGGCCAUCACGGAGGUGACCUCCACACUGCAGCACAGCCUCGUCCGGCUGGAGAACCUCCAGAAGCUGAUGGAGCUGCAGCGGGACUUGGUCGGCAUAGAGAACCUCAUUGCUCCCGGCAGGGAGUUUAUCCGCGAGGGCUGCCUCCACAAGCUCACCCGGAAGGGCCUGCAGCAGAGGAUGUUCUUCCUGUUCUCAGACAUGCUGCUGUACACAAGCAGAGGUGCCUCGGGGACCAGCCACUUCCGGAUCCGGGGACUCCUUCCGCUGCGUGGCAUGCUGGUGGAAGAACGCGAGAAUGAGUGGUCUGUCCCGCACUGUUUCACCAUCUACGCCGCUCAGAAGACAGUCGUGGUGGCAGCCAGCACCCGGCUGGAGAAAGAAAAGUGGAUGAGGGACCUGAACGCCGCCAUCGAUGCAGCCAAGAGCAGCGCCGACAUGGCCCUGGCACCGCUGGGCAGCGUGCUGUGCCCCCUUCCCCGCGGGCCCUCUGACGAGGUCUCUCUGGAGGAGUCGGAAGACGACACUCGCGGGGCCCGCUGCUCCUCGGGGGGGCCGGGCCAGCACCGGGCCAGCACCGCCAUGCACGUGUGCUGGGACCGCACCACCAGCAUCUCCAGGGCCGACCACAGCGCGGCCGUUGAGAACCAGCUCUCAGGAUACCUGCUGAGGAAGUUCAAGAACAGUAACGGCUGGCAGAAGCUCUGGGUGGUCUUCACCAAUUUCUGUUUGUUCUUCUACAAAACUCACCAGGACGACUGCCCCCUGGCCAGCCUCCCGCUGCUGGGCUACAGCGUGAGCCUCCCCGGGGAGGCCGACGGCAUCCACAAGGAGCACGUCUUCAAGCUCCAGUUCAAGUCCCACAUCUACUUCUUCCGGGCUGAGAGCAAAUACACAUUCGGGAGGUGGAUGGAGGUGAUCGAGAGCGCCAGCACCUCACCAGGGAGGGCCAGGACCCCUGAGGAGGAGGCGUGAAGCCCACCCUGCCCGGCUGAAGAGAGCCGAGCAAGCAGAGCAGGGCCAGCACAUGCCCACGACUGCUCGUCCCGUGUCCCCCCUGCAGACUGGCAGUGGGUGGGCCUCACAGGGACACCUGGGAGGGGCACAGGCCCCCUCAAGACCCAGUCACUCCCUUGGCCCCGUGGGGCACCAGGACGAACACGCGUGUGCGUGGCAACAGGCCCAGCUCCACGCACUGACGAGGCUGGUGCUCACCUGCGCUCUCUCCGCCUCCAGAGCAGGACCCUGCCCUUCAGGCUGGGUGAAAUGAGGGGUGGGGACAGGGCCCCUGGGUCACAGCUGCAUGGAAGUCCAGCAGAAGCCACCCUGCCGCCCACCCCACAUACCUCUGCAAAGUGGACAGCAAAGUCUCCAUAAUUUAUCACUCCCCAGGAGGUGUGCUGUGCUAAUGUGCAUGUGGUUAGAAAUAAAGGGCAUCUCCUGUG